AUGGAGCUCUACCAGGGAACACACCACAUCCCACUUCACCAGGUCAGCGGGUUCUACGGCAAGGGUCCUGCUUUCAAGCAGUACAUGGACAUUUUCUCUCUGCCUGAGAUGACUCUUCUGGCUCUGGCCAAUGACUUCUUCAUUUCCAAUGACAUUGACUAUGAUCCGGUCCAUCUGUACAAAGAUGUCACUGAUGCAAUCAGAGAUGUCCAUGUUAAAGGAUUUAUGUACAAAUGGAUCAUGUCAGAUCUUGAAAAAUACAUCCUACGUGGUGAUGAGACCCAUGCCGUUCUGCACCGUCUUGCCAGUCAAGGGAAGAAGCUUUUCCUCAUCACCAACAGUCCUUUUAGUUUUGUAGACAAAGGGAUGAAGUACAUGGUGGGCAAGGACUGGAGGGACUUUUUUGAUGUGGUAAUCGUUCAAGCAGACAAACCUAAUUUCUUCAAUGAUUGCAUCAAGCCUUUUCGCCGGGUGGCUGGCAAUGGAGACUUGAAGUGGGAUAGGAUCUCCAAGCUGGAGAAGGGACAAGUCUACAAACAGGGAAACCUAUUUGAUUUUCUUCGUUUGACUGGCUGGAGAGGUUCUAAGGUGUUGUAUUUUGGGGACCACCUAUAUAGUGACCUUGCAGAUCUGAUGUUGCGUCAUGGCUGGAGGACAGCAGCCAUUGUACCGGAGUUGGAGACCGAAACCAAAAUUGUCAACACUGAGCAAUAUUCCCAGUCUCUAACAUGGAUGCAGGCCCUGACUGGUCUGCUGGAGCGUAUGCAGAAUUUCCGGGAUCCGGAGUCGCAGCAGAUUCUACAAGACUGGAUGAGGGAAAGACAAGAGCUCAGGGCAGUGACCAAGAACCUCUUCAACCCUCAAUUUGGUAGUAUUUUCCGCACCUGCCACAACCCUACCUACUUCUCUCCCGCCGCCUCUGCCGUUUCUCUGAUAUCUACAUGGCCUCUGUCAGCUGCCUCCUGAACUACGACUUGAGCUAUACCUUCUUCCCCCGCCGCACCCCACUGCAGCACGAGGCACCUUUGUGGAUGGACCAGCUCUGCACCGGAUGCAUGAAAACUCCAUUCCUGGAAGAAAUGGCCCACAUCCGCUAA